AUGAUUAAAGAAAUUCGGCGAGAAAUUCUGGAAAAAAUAACCCGUGUUUUAACAAGUCAAAAAGUGCCAGAUACUAUAAUUGAUAAAUAUGUAUUCGAAUUAGAUCGUCUUCUUUCCCAAAUGGUUCAAGAUUGUUCAAAUUCUUCUUCUAAUUCUUCUCUACUUCCACUGAACUCCUCAAAUUUAUCUAUUCAAAUAACUCCUCAAUCUCGACAUAAUCGUGCCGUAAUUUAUCAUUCUUUACCAAGUAAAUCAACACCACCAAUAAGAAAAUCAAUUGAAUGUCUUUAUAUGACUCCAACAGUAAAUAAACAACCAUUAUCAAUAACUCCACAUGGUCAUCGAACACUUAAUAAUGAUAGUCGACCGAAAUCAGCAUCAUAUGCGAUGAUAAAUAAUCGACAUUCAUUAUCAUCAACAAAUCAACCUCCAUAUACACAUAAAUUUCAACAAUUACCAAAUAAAAAUCAUAAAACAAGAACACAUAGAAGUGAAGAUGAUUUAGUAUUAGGUGUACAAACAAAAUCUAAUCUAGAUAAUGAUAAACAUCAACAAGAAAAAGUUCGAGUUUCAACAAAACAAUAUGAACAACAAACAAAUUCAUUACCUGGUUAUUCUCGUUCUAAAACUCGAAUGUCUGAUGGACAAUGUACGAUUUCACCAACACGAAUGAAUAAUGAAGAAGAAAAUGAUGAGAAAAAGGAAGUGAUACUAUCAUCAACAACAAGUCCUACAAUACAUACAAGUGGAAUUAAGAAAUUUGUCCUUAGUGGUUUAAAAUUAUUUGUUACAGCACCAUCACAAUCGAAAUGA